UACCACAACUUGUUCUCAGAUUACACCACCCGGCAACAUCGACGUUACGCAGAAUGUCGUCCAAGACCAUCGCCGUGCUCAGCGAAAGCGAGCUGAAAGACGGAGAGAUGAAGGAGGUCGCCUUCGAGGGGGAGGGAAAAGUUCUCCUCUCUCGUCUCGGUAACAAGAUUCACGCGACCAGCGCGUUCUGCACGCAUUAUGGAGCGCCACUUGCGAAAGGCGUGCUCACGGCCGAUGGUCGAGUGGUCUGCUCGACUUGCUUCAACGUCUGUAACGGGGACAUCGAGGAUGCGCCGGCGCCCUCAGCGUUGCAUUCUUUCAAGGCCGAAGUCAAAGAUGGUCAAAUUCAUGUUACUGCGGACCCUGAGAACACCAACAAGAAGAAUAUGUCACGGCAACCCAAGCUUCUGGCCACCGGCUCGGCACAGUCGACUACCCCAGGCGUCGUUAUAGUCGGGGGAGGGAGUGGUGCUUUCCACGCCGUUGAGAGCCUGCGUGAGCAUGGCUACAAUGGCGCGAUCACCGUGUUCUCGAAGGAGACUCAUGCUCCGAUAGACAGAACGAAACUGAGCAAGGCGCUGGUGACCGAUCCGUCGAAGCUCGAGUGGCGUUCUGCGGCCGAACUCAAGGGCAAGUACGGUGUCACCCUCCGCACAGGUGUGGAGGUAACCCAAGUCGACGUCAAGGGAAAGUCAGUCACCGUCGGUUCCUCUGGAGAGCGUGUACAGUACGAGACCCUCGUCCUUGCUACCGGUGGCACCCCUCGCCAGCUCCCCGUUCAGGGUAAAGAGCUUGGCAAGAUCUUCACUCUCCGUGGAGUAGAUGACGCGAAGAAGAUUGAUAGCGAGGUCCAGGAGGGUAAAAACUUCAUGGAGCUCGUCGCCGCUGUCUCCAAGCGUAAUCUCGCUUCCAUCGACGUCAUUGGCAUGGAAAGCGCACCCUUUGAGGCCGUCCUUGGCACGGAAGUCGGCAAGGCAUUACAGAAGUUCCAUGAGUCCAAGGGAGUCAAAUUCCAUAUGAAGUCCUCGGUUUCCAAACUCGUACCUUCGACAAGCUCGCCUUCCGACGUCGGCACCGUUGUUGUCAAAGGCCCCGAAGGCCAAGAGACCGAGCUCGCCGCAGACGUCGUCAUCAUGGGCGUCGGUGUCGCGCCAGCAACCGAGUACCUCAAGAACAGCGAAGGCAUCAAAGAUCUCGUAGACAAGAGUGGUGCAAUCGCGGUCGACGAGUUCCUGCGCGUGAAGGGUCUCGACGGAAGCGUAUUCGGCAUCGGCGACAUUGCGUUGUACCCGCAGCCCGGGACAGGCGAGCUGCGCAGAAUCGAGCACUGGAACGUCGCAGGCAACCAGGGUCGUGCGGUCGGCAAGACCAUUGCUGAGGGCGGCCAGGGCCAGCCCUUCGUCAAGGUCCCAGUUUUCUGGAGCGCACAGGGCCAGCAGCUCCGCUAUUGUGGUGUCGGCGCCGGUUUCGACGAUAUCAUCGUCGACGGCAAUCUCGAGGAGAUGAAGUUCGUAGUGUACUAUGUGAAGGGCGACAAAGUCAUUGCCGUUGCUAGCAUGCAACGCGACCCUGUCGUCAGCAAGGCAUCUGAGCUCUUGAGGCUUGACCUGAUGCCUUCGCCUUCUGAACUGAGAGCAGGCAAGGAUUUGCUGACAGUCGAUAUCGCUUCGACUGCUGCCAAGAUCAAGGUUGCAUGAGCGUACGUGUUCUUGAGACUCUAAACAAUACAUCCAUGGGAGUGUGAGGAACUGGAUACAUGUAUCUGUGUCAGUUGUAUAGUAGCAUAUAUCCGGCAGAGACAAUGUGUAGCAACCCCGGAAAAAGCGAAUACCAUGUAUUUUUCUGAGAUGAUGCAGUAGAGUCAUAGCCGUCGCGACGCAUCACAAAUCAUUCUGUCGUUGAUAGAGUAGUAUUUGCCACGUAAAAGACAUCCAGAGAGAGUCCUAAAAUGCAUAGCCGGUGACCAUG